GUGCUAGGGGCAUUGAUUCUUAUUUUCCCCUUGGCCCUUUCACCUCUCAUUAUUUUCUUUAAACAUUAUAAUUUUUUAUCGAGCAACGCUUCAAUAAUCUCGCACACCCAAAUUCAGAUCAAAUUUGUACCUGAAGAUGAAGCUAUGGAUGAAUCGUAUCAUUUUACAAAGACCCGUCUAGUCUCAGCUUCUGGGUAUAGGUCAUCUUUGAUUGUAUUGAAAAGGGUGUUAGGGUUUUGUGAUUAUUGGAGUUGUUGUAAUGGAUGGUGAUGGUGGUGAUGUUAUGAGGGAUGAUAUUGAUUUGAACUUAGAUCCUGAUGGUUCAAGGGUAAGAUUAAGACCAUUAAUUAGUGAGUUGGAAAGUGCCCAUGUUCAGAUUGAGGAUAGGAUUCGUCGCCUUGAGGAGGUUACAUCGAGGUUAAGACAACGUAGGCUGUCGUUGUUGCAAUCUCAAAGUCGUGGUGCUGAGGGAAGUGAUGUGGUUGAGGUUCAGAAUACAGGUUUGGGGGGAAAUGAGAAUGAGGUGAGUAAUGGGGAAAGUGGAGUUGGUUCGGGGGAUGUUGGAAGGGGUUGUAAAAGGAAUUAUUCGCAAUUGGUAGGGAAAGCGUUGGAGGAUGAGACGGAUGAUAAGAAGGAUGUUAGUGAUGGUGGGAGCUUUUAUGAUUGUAAUAUUUGCUUGGAAAUGGCGAAGGAGCCUGUUUUGACUUGUUGUGGUCAUUUGUUUUGUUGGCCUUGCUUUUAUCAAUUGGAGUAUGUUGAUUUGACGGCCAAGGAAUGCCCGGUUUGCAGGGGAGAUGUAGUAGAUUCGAAUGUUACGCCAAUUUAUGGCAGUGCAAACAGUAGCCAUGUGCCUGAUCUAGGCUCUGGUGUUUGCAUACCUCCUAGGCCUCGGGCUUACAGGGUAGAGAGCAUUAGGCAACGUGUGAGCAGGCCUGUUACGCAUGUUCCAGUUGUAGAAGCACUACGUCGGAUUAGGAUGGGAAUUGGUGCUACUACGGAGCAGCUUAGGCGACACAACCAAGCAGCUGCAGAGCAGCGAAGACAGCGAAACUUUGGUAGUACAACUGCUGUUACAGAUUUGCCGCCCUUAUGGGUGGCUGCAGAAAUAGGAGGCAGCCGACGUGAUGAUGCAACUUUAGAGCCAGGACAGCAAAAUCUCAAUAGUUCAGAUGCUGGUUCUGUCACUGAGUGGCAGCCGUUGUGGAGGGAUGCAGAAAUAGGUGGUAGCCAGCACAAUAAUGCAAUUUCACAACAACUAACAGAGCACAGUCUUGGUACAAGUACUGGUUUGGUCACAGAUAUGCAGCCGUUGUUUAUGACUACUGAAAUAGGGGUUAAUCAUCAGGAUGAUCCAACUACAGAACACUUGGGACCGCAAAAUCUUGAUAGGGAAACUACUGGUUUUGUGACAGAUUUGCAGUUAUGGGUGACUGAAGAAAUAGGAGGUCAUCAGCAGGAUCACGCAAACCUAGAGCAGUCAAGGCAACAAAACCUUGAUAAUGCAACUACAAGUUUUGACUCGGAUUUGCAGCCUCAGUGGAUGACAGCUGAAAUAGGGGGUAGCAGACGCGGUAAUGCAACUGCCGAACAACCAAGACAGCAAAAUCCCAAUAAUACUCCAGCUGAUUCUUUCACAGGUUUGGAGCCUCUGGCGCUGAAUGCUGAAAUAGGAGCUAGACGCCGCUCACGCUCCCGUCAUAUUCAAAGGGUAUUAUCAGAAACUGCUGCUUCACUUUCUUCAAUUUCAUUUGCAUUGAAUAAUACUGAAAGGUUAGUCGAGAACCUAAAGUCUUUUAUACGUGUUCUUAACGUGCAAAGAACUGAUUCACAGUUGUUGGAGGCCAGGGAUCUGCUUAGUAAUAGUGUUGCUGUUAUACAAACAGAGCUCCAGAGUUUAAAUUCUAUGGCUGAGACUAAUUCAGCUCCUGAUGCUUCUGCUGCUGUUGCUCCCUCGGAAAACCUGGAAACUGCUUCAAAUGUUUCGGACCAUCUUUCAGUGCCCCGUCGUUUGUCCUCCAGGAGAAGUUUUCCAUCUAUAGUUUCAGAUACUGAGAAUGAUGUUCCUCGGGAAUCCCAACGGAGGAGAAUGAGAUGAUUUUGCUUUCCAUAUCAAGAGAGAGAUGAGAUUGGUAAUGUUUCAUCUUGAAACUGUGUUCUGCCUUUGCUAGUAAAACCUUUUGGUUUAUUUCCAGUUCAUGUUUACAAAAACUUGUAUACAGUCUGCAGUGCCGUACUAGGUUUGAAUUAUCUAUCUGUAUCGUCUAUUGUAUGUUUUACCUUCUUUCUGAUUUCUCUAUUUUUUAUUUAUUUUCUAUGCUAAAGUGGUGUAUAGGUUUUUGAA